ACCUGCUUUCAGCCUCCUUGUGGAAUUGCUCCUCUUCUUAGCCGUCUCCGUUCCCCUUUCCCGACCGUCCCGUCGAUUGUUUAUCCGACCGUCACCAUGGGUCAGCACUCUGCUAUCUGGCAAGGAUAUGUCGAUUCCAGCUUGAUGGGAUCUCGUCAAUUUGACAAGGCCGGUAUCCUGAGCCACGACUUCUCUGACCUCGAGGCUGGCUCUCCUGGUUUCACGAUCUCCCCCUCCGAACUCCAGGGCCUUGCCUCUGCUUUCGCCAAGAGCGACAACGCCUGGGCCAACGGUAUCACCGUUGGUGGUGAGAAGUUUGUCACCAUCAAGGCUGACGAGCGCAGUCUGUACGGCAAGAAGGGCAAGGAGGGCAUUGUCGUCGUCAAGGCUGUCUCUUGCGUUAUGGUCGCCCACCACGCGGAGAACGUCCAGACCACGAACGCCGCCACCGUGGUUGAGAACCUCGUUGACUACAUCAACAACCCCCGGUAAAUGGGAGUAAAAGCAGAAUCAAAAAUACUUGUCCCCUCACAGCAAUGGAACAUCAGCAUAACGGUUACUUGAGUGUAAAUCAUCAUGGUGGUCUCGGUCUCGAUUGUCUUCUCUCUCCUUGUUUGUUCGUCUUGUUUAUUUUCCAUCAAUCAUAACACGUAGAUCUGUGCAAUAUGUGCUAACGGGUCACCCCACAAAACGGUUUCGAUGGACUUGUUGUCCUUGCACAGCGAAGCAGUGGUUAUAAUCUAUUUAUACUUUAUACUUUAUAA